CGAGCAUCCGCGCACAUCUCGCCGCACGAGCAGCCAUGAGACUACCAAUUCUCCUCGUCGCAGUGAUGUCGGCCGCGUGGGCGGAGACGAGGAACGCGGAGAGGCCUGUUCGCGCGCCUCAAGGGCAAGUCAAGUACGGCGAUAUUGACGGCUCCAGGAUCGACUGGAAGUACGUCGCGCCUCAGCAGCAAUGGCGGCCGCACUUGGCGAACGCGCAGCGUCCUCAGCGCGCCGAGGGUGGCUCGCCCCAUCGUCCCCGGCAAGCCCAGCGCGGCCAGCAACACGCCGCAGCUCCGGCGCAGCAAAGCCAGCCUCAGCAACUACUCCAGCCGGUACCGCAGUCGAUCCAGAACCAGCAGUUCUACAGACCGUACUCGGCGGUGCCGAGCCACAUCAAGCAGCUGAUCGAGCAGAACUACCAGCCGCAGCCGCCCUACGUCGACCCCACGUCCUUCUUCUACAGCUCCACCUACGUAGCGCCCCAGCAGCACGAGCAGCAGCAGCCGGCUCCGGCCGCUUCCGAGCUGCCUCGCGCGGCCUACCUGCAGCCCUCGGCGAGAUACCAGUCGAUCGAUCAGCGAAGAGCGCAGCCCAGGUUCGACUACAGCGUCGACAAGAGGGUGGAGCGUCAGGACCAAGUCGUCUACAAGGACAAUUACGAGCAACAGCAGCAUCAGCUAGCGCAGCAGCAGCAGCAGCAACUAGCGCAGCAGCAGCAGCAGCAGCAGCAACACCCGCUGGCGCUAUCAGCAAACACCGUGCCGGAGCCUCCGCUGCCGACGAUUUAUCUCGACAGGAACAUGCCGUCGGAGCUGAAGCAGCUGCUGCAGUUCCAGGCGCAGAUCCCGUACGACGUGACGGCCAAUCGCAUCCAGUACACACCCAAGAGCAUCUUCAUCCCGAAGCCGUUGUCCGACGACGUGAAGGGGCCGUAUUACUAUCGCAGCAAAGUCUACUAUAUGGACGAGGUGGACGCCGAAGAGGAGCAGCAGCAGAGCAAGCCGGCCGACGAGGAACAGCGCCAUUGAUAGACAUGACUAUGUAAUAAUACGCGCGGUUUAUGUAGAUUAAUAAUCUCUCUCUCUCUCUCUCUCUCUCUCUCUCCCUCUCUCUCUCCCUCUCCCUCUCUCUCUCUCUCUCUGUUUCUCUCUCUCUCUCUCUCUCUCUCUCUCUCUCUCUCUCUUCCGGCAAACUUUACGAAGAGAGACGACUGGUUCAGGAUUCUGCGACUCGCUCGGGCCGAGCGCUAUUUUCGCGAGCGGAAGUCGCGCCCUCAGCUCUCAAGCGUCACCACAGCCGAGACGAGCGUCUCGUGCGCCUUAAAUUAUUACAGCGCUUGUUAACGUACUUCAAUAACGUAGAUAUGUUUUGUGUUAGCGUAGUACUUGAUAGGAACGCGUUGCUAACUAUUAAGGGAGCGCUCUGCCGCUCGUCGUGCUGAAAAGGACGGAGAAGAUCGAUCGAACGGGGGGAAUCGAUCGAAGAAACGUUCAGUCGGGAAAUUCACGGGGUGAAGAUUCCCUCGAGGAAGCACUUUCACGUUAGCGGGGGAUGCACUUCGGGGGAGGAAGGGAAGGAGAGAAGCUGCGAAUGUGCGACCCGACGAAUGUUUCCCGCUCGAUCGAUCUUCUACUUUGCCGAAUCGCGCUCGCUCGCGGUUCUUCGUGCGUCUAGAGGCGGGAGGAAUAGUUAAGUAUGCGGCAACGCGAAGAAUGUAUCUCCAGUUUUUUAUACGAAAUAAAUCGUUUUCGCUUCUCGCAUCAAGGCGGUCAUUCACCUCGCCGUCGCGCGAACUUCUCGUUGUCGUUAUUUCAGCUCGCGGAACCGCCGGAACUUCCGCUCGUAAACGGCGGGUUUGAGCGUGCCAGGGAAACGCGCGAUAAAGUCGCGCGCAGGUUCGUAACGCAGGUUUCCGCCUUUCAGAAAGGAGUUUUUCGUGAUUUGCUUAAUUACACUCGAUAGUUAGCGAGUCCGACGUUACUGGAACAAAUAGAAAGCCGGGCGGUUUUUCGCUUUCCAUUGAAUAAAGAUAUCUGAUGAUAUGAGACAGAGCGGAGAAAGUGAUACUUCCAGCCUCGCGAGCGGAGAUGCACGAUUCGUCGCGAGAAGAAUAACGGCCGAAGCGUCAGGAUUUCGCACGACUAUAGAUCGAUGGCAAUAUCGCAUAAAAAGGAAAGCGGUUUCUCGUCGGAUCGCAAGCUACGUGCAGGGAGAACAUUUCUGCGAGACGUCGCGACGCGACGUGAGAACGGAGAAACAUAGCCCUUGUAACACGUAACAUUUGUUAACGAACUUUACGCGCUUUCAUUAGAAAGGGACUGACUGCUUGUGUCGAGAUCGCGAAGAUAAGUCAGCGCGCGACAUUAGAAAGCACGAUUCGAUCGAGCGGAUUUCGUCAUCGACGCAUGACGAUGCAAGGUGAAGUGCUUAUCGGCCGAAGAUCUGCGGCUGCUCAGACUCGAAGAAGCGUAUCGCCUUACCGUGUGUCUCCUCCUUUUCCUCCUCCCUGCAGAUUUCACAUGGAAAUGAGCCCUCGACGGCGGGGAAAGCAUUUCUCCGGAUCAGGAAGACGGACGGUCUACUUUCGUGGCCUUCACGCUUCGCGUAUCGAUGCGGCCGUCGCGGCGUUGCAAUUGUGAACGUUGCUGGCGUUCAUUUCGCCGUCGACGGCACAACUUUCAUUUUUACUGCUUACCGGCGCUUGCACAAAUAGAUAAUGCGCCCGGGGCACGCCCCUCAGGCUCGCCGAUCUUGCCCGAGGAGAUUGAGGAAAAUUACAGACAUAGCCGAGACUCCGCUAUGGCUGACUGACAUGGCAAAUCCGUGUAUCUUGAUAAAUUAAUUUAUCGCUCGUCAUCUCGGAGGUUAUCCACGCGAUUGCGAAAGACGAUUAAAAGUUAUUUAUUGGCGGUGCUAUCGUAAAAUACUUUUGGUUUUAUUGCGAGGGAAAAUGCGUCCUGAAUUUUUAUCAUCUCUCCUCCGCACUGCAUUCUUGAUUUUA